GUUUUGAGCUUUUUAUUAAACCUGUUUCCCAUAUUUGAGACGAGUGUUAUUUUGGAGUUUGUCAUGCAUCCCAUGGUGUCAGAAGUCAAUUUGGAUUUUUCACAAUUGAGGGUAAUUUGGCUGAGAACUGGAAACUCUGGGAGCAAGCUUUUCAGCUAUAUUGUACUGCUGCUGGAGUUGAUAAAGUAUCUAAGAAACGGAAAAUCUUAAUGUGUAAAAUAGACCCAAGAUGUGUAAGGUGGGCUUGGGGAUGGAUGAGAGGGAACAGUACUCCACAGCGAAGAGAAGGAACUGAGGAGGAAAGAUCAAUGGAGAGAAUCAGUGAUCCAUCUCCUCGUGCUCUAGCAGCACCAACACACACGGUGGGAAAAGACCCUCAUCACGAGCGACACCCUUCUCAGAUUUUUCCCAACCAAAGCAGCCUGUCCCUGACGCUCAGGUCCUCUGUAAGGUCCAUCAUGAAAUUCAGUGGGACUUCCUUCUGAAGAAACGCGCACAGGAGGAGCCGGUUGCAGGGAAGACGGUGUUUCUAGCAAAAUGGAGGGUGGUCGCCGUCUCGGGUAAGGUUAGGGCAGAGCAGGUCGCCUGGGGUUCCACCCCCUUUCCUUGCCGUCAUCUUUGCAGAGACAACACGUUGGGCUGGGUGGUUCCCUUUCCCAGCCGAUGGGGCUGCAAUGCGGGUCUCUGGGCCGCAUCCAAGAGAGGAGGAGCCUCCUGCUGCCCCCCUCCUCUCCAGUUCACGACUUGGGUGCCUAUAAAGCGACAUUCCCAAACCCGGCGCUUUCUUCCUCCCGCCAAUAACCCCUUCAAUCUCUCUCUCGUGGUAGCCGCCGCCAUGAGCCACUCCAGCAGCAUUCGCGCCACCUCAUACCGUCGCACUUUCGGGCCACCCCCUAUGCUGUCCCCGGUGUCGUAUUCCUCAUCCCGCCUGGCCUCGUCCUCUUCGGCCACGCGGCUGCUGAGCACGCCUUCCCCCGGGGCCUCUUUGCGCUCCUACCGCGGCAGUAGCGGCGCCGCGAUCUUGCGCUCCACCAGCACACCGGCGCCGCCGCGCUACGCCUACAGCGCCGAGAAGCUGGACUUCUCGGUGGCCGAAGCCCUGAACCAGGAAUUCUUGGCCACGCGGAGCAACGAAAAGCAGGAGCUGCAGGAGCUCAACGACCGCUUCGCCAGCUUCAUCGAGAAAGUACGCUACUUGGAGACGCAGAACACCACCCUGCUGGCCGAGCUGGGCCAGGCCCGCUCCAAGGAGCCCACCCGCGCCGGUGACCUCUUCCAGGAGGAGCUCCGCGAGCUCCGCAGGCAGGUGGACGCCCUGGGAAAGGACCGCGACCGCCUGCAGGUCGAGAGGGACAAUCUGGCUGAGGACUUGGUCGCUCUCAAGCAGAGGCUGGAUGAGGAAAUGCACAAGCGUGAAGAUGCUGAAGGGAACCUGGUUUUGUUCCGCAAGGAUGUGGACGAUGCCACCCUUUCCCGGCUGGAGCUGGAGCGCAAGAUUGAAUCCCUGAUGGAUGAAAUUGAAUUCCUCAAGAAACUGCACGAAGAGGAGCUGCAUGACAUGCAGGUGAGCAUGCACAGCCAGCAGCAGGUGCAAGUGGAGGUGGAGCAGGCCAAGCCGGACCUGACAGCAGCCCUGCGAGACAUCCGCAGCCAGUAUGAGAGCAUCGCAGUCAAGAAUCUGCAGGAGGCUGAAGAGUGGUACAAAUCCAAGUUUGCUGACCUGUCAGAUGCAGCCAAUCGGAACCAUGAAGCCCUUCGCCAGGCCAAGCAGGAGAUGAAUGAAUCCCGGCGCCAGAUCCAGAGCCUCACCUGUGAGGUGGAUGGACUCAAAGGAACAAAUGAAGCCUUGCUGAGGCAGAUGCGAGAUCUGGAGGACCAAUAUGGGGCAGAGGUGAACUCGUACCAGGAUACGGUGGCACGACUAGAGCAGGAAAUCCAGCACAUGAAAGAAGAGAUGGCACGGCACCUGCGGGAGUACCAGGACCUGCUGAAUGUCAAGAUGGCCCUUGACAUUGAGAUUGCCACUUACCGCAAGCUGCUAGAAGGGGAGGAGAGCAGGAUUGCAGUGCCCAUCCAAUCCAUGGGGUCAUUCAGCAUCAAAACAACAGUUUCAGAGCCAGAGCCAAUGGUAGAGAUGCACUCUAGGAAGACAGUGCUGAUCAAAACCAUUGAGACCCGAGAUGGAGAGGUGGUGACUGAAUCCAGGAAAGAGCAGAGAGCUGAGAUAGAGAAGUGAUGUCAGCCAUCCCAGGCAUCUCCCUCCAAUGGAGAUGGGCACUCAGCUAACCAAUGUGCAGAAGUCCCAGCAACAGAUUCCCCCCCCACUUCUUCCCUACAAAGCCACACUGGCCUUACUUAUCUGUGAUGAUGGUGAAUGAUACCUCUUACCUCUGACAGCUUUCCUACACUGUGCCAGGCUUCCUGAGCCAGCUCUCCCCUUUAACAUGCACUUCUAGCCUUCCUGGGGGCAUCCUGGUUGUGAUCCCAGCAAUAACCACACAUGGGCUGGAGAGUAGGGAACGUCUUCAUUCCUGCUUUCCUCUUCCACUGCCUCCUACCUCUUGUACCACACAGUCUCUCAUCUUGCCUGUUCCCAGCCGUUCUUGACUUGAAAGGAGAGAAGAGUUGCCUUCCUGCAAAGCAUGAGGCCUUUAAUUCAAGUCAGCCUGUGCUGGGCAGAGAUUGGCCAGAUGUGUUUAGAUUCAAACGCUGGUGAUGAUGACAACAGUAUUGAGUCUACAGAUUUUUCAUGGCUGUGCAGCUAGAAAACUCUUCCUGUCUGGCGUCAAGCUAGGCACCCCAACCUAGAAACACCAAAGAGGACCAAAGGUUUGGUCGCAGUCUGUGUUUACUGUCUACCCCUGCUGACCUUGAGACCAGUUCUGUGUGCUGAUCGCUGAGACCAAUUGCUGCUUACAGGGAUUCUCAAAAGUUCUCAUUAUGAGAAUUUUUUAAAUCAAGGUGUGUAGGUGUGAGCUGGUGUAGUGUACUGGCUAUGAGAAUGAGCUACUUUAAUCAGGAAGUCCCCAGUUCAAGUCCCACCUCUGCCAUGAACUCACUAGUUAGCCUUAGGCAAAGUCAUUCUCUCUAAGCCUGUUUCCCCCUCACCAUUUGCAAUAUGGGCAGAUGACAAUACUGGCUUACCUUGCAGGGCUGGUGUGAGGAUUACAAUGAGGUAAUUCAUGCAAAGCGCUUAAAGCAUUUAAGAGCGCGAUACAGAUUAUUAUUUUAUCAAUUUGUUAGGUCUUCCCCAGUGUACGCAAGAUAAAUGCAAAUUAUUAAUUACAUGUAGUUUUUUUAAAAGAAAUUAAAUUUUGCAGGAGAAUUUUUUUUUUUUUUAAGGCCACUGGUGAGGAAACUUCUCUGGCCUUUCUGGGGUUUCAUUGAUUCGUAACACUAAAGGUCCUAGUGACAAUCUUAAAACCUAACCCUUUAGCUGUUUACUCAGAAAUAAAUCCCAUUAAACUCUUAGGUUUACUCCUAGCAAACUGUGUUCCUUUUUACAGCAGCCUUAAAAUGAUAUUACCGUGUUUUCAGACAGAGCUCUAGCAAUUCACAUGGUUAAUCAAAGUGGUAGCCCAUUUCUUCAAUCAGAUAAGCAUUGGGCCUUGAGGAAGACAAUAUUUCAAGAUCUGAACUUCUUUUAGCAGGAAUGGCCGGAUUUGUGUCCCUCUUCCCCUUGACAUUGGACUCCAUCAGCAUAGCCAAUGAUGAGGGAUGAUGGGAGUUGUCCAACAACAUUAGGAGAGCCACAGGUAUCCCACCCCUGCCUUACAGCUUCCCCACCAUGGUCCCUAAGCAGCCUUCAUCUUCUCUGCUACUUUCCUUCUUGUGCAAACCCACCUAUUCUGUUCCCCCACUUGCUGCAAGUUCUACAAGGGAUGGAAAAGCAUCAUAGUUGGUUCCAUUCCUAUCGAUCAAGAACACCAUUGGACUUUCCCUUCAUCUGUAUUCAAUACCAGGUCGGUAUUAUAGACAUGAGGAAGGCAGAUGAGUAAAGAGUCUCUGGAGUACCUGGAAAUAUUUAGGCUUUGGCUUUUAUCACCAUCCAGGCUAACACAGUUAAAAUAAUGUCUAAUAAACAGGGGAAAACACAUGCAUCCAGCAAUCGUGAUUCCUUAAUGUAAGGUUUGAUUAUGUAAUACUAACCCAUGCAUGUUUACAGGGGGUGCUCCCUUGAUGAACAAUAAUCCCCAGAUUCCCAGCUUUCUUUCUUUUUUUUUUAAAGUAAGUUUGUAGCAUUUGCAAAACCUGAGAUAUGAGACAAAAUAUAGACAGUGUUCUUUUCAUUUUUUAUGGGAAAAGAGCCUGCUCCCCCCUUUCAGUAUUGUACUCCCCCCCCAAAAAAAAAUUCCUGCAGAUGCUCACGUUCUAACCCCGUAGAAACGUGAUAUAUAAUGGCAUGACAGGUUCCCCUACUGAGGUGGUGGCUUCUCAUGACUGUGCAGGCACUCAUAUUUUUACCUCCUUUGACACCCAGUCUUCUCUCUUCAGCUCUCCCAUAUGGUCAUCUGCUGUUUUUUCCCUUUCCUCUCAUUCUCUCCUUGACAUUCCAUGUCCCCUAGCCCAGAACUGGCCCACCCUCCACCAACCAUUUUGACUAGUGGUUGGGCUGCCCAUCUGAUUCAAAGUUAAAGUCGCUUGAGCAGGCAGAGGCUUAUCUCCAGUCCCAGCACUGUGAUCCCUCAGAGAUAAGGGAAAUGCUGCCUGCUCUUUUGACAGUUUACUGUUACCCUAUCACAUGAAUAAUGCUUACCACCAAGCAACUAAUACUUCUUAAAUGUUACAGUUCAUUCACCUGUGCAGCUAUUCUGAAAGUAACGCAUACAGAAAGACGUGGCUUCUCAGAGGCAGUUUUGACUUGGCUGUUAGAGAAGGUGCAAUGUGGCAGACCCAACAGCUAAAGUAGCUUUUCUGGUUGCAUCUGGGCAGUUGUAUGUGGUCAUCUUAGGUAAUGCUGCUGCUGCUGCUGCACAGGUUCUAAAACUUGAAUCUAUCUACUUUUUAUCUUUCACAACAGAUCAUUCGGACUGAGCCAUUUAGUUUUUGGUGAGCAUUAACUGACAAAAACCAUUUCCUUAUUUACUCUGUCGGCAAGAAAUCUGACAUUUUAGGCCUGAAGUUGUCAUUGAAGGUGAAGAGUAUUCACUCUUACUAGCCAUGACACUCUUCUUCCCCCUCCCUUUUCCUGUGGGACACCAAUCUGGGAUUUACUUCUUGUUUUUGAUCCAGUCUUGUCAUAUUAACAGCCAUAGCAAUCAAGGAACAUUUGCAAAGGAGCACUAGUUGCAAAGUUCUCUCUUGGGAAAAACAGAAGUAGAACUUUCUGGCCUCAAGGGCUGCAAUUCCAUGCAGAGACUGGCAUGUCCAAUUCUGUAUAGGAUUAGGCUGCAUGGGAAGUAUUUCCUGAGAUUAUUUAUUUAUAGGAUGCCACUGGCAUGUCACUCCUGCUGCUGGAUUUCUGAUAACCAUUUCAGCCUUACUUGUAUCUUUUCCUUAUCCCCUUUGUGAUAAUAAUAGGCUUUGAAAAACAGGGAUCCUCUUUAUGGGCUUUGGUGCUGAUUUCCCCUGUUUUUGAUAGCCAUGUUGCUAGCUAGACCUGAUAAGAAUUCCUGGUGCAAAUUCCACCAUUAAUUGUUAUCUUUACCAACACCCUAAACCAACUGCUCUCUCUCCCCUGGCUCCUGUUUAACUUAAUUCUCCAGCAAUCUCGCUACUUUGCGCUCUGCCCUAGCAUUCCCACAUAUACUGGCUCCCCAAAAUGCCCUUCCUUACAACUUGCCUUGCCUCAUUAAUGUCUGUCUUUAAAAGGAGGAUGUAGCAUCGUCCCAAGUGACAAUUCAAAUUCUCCCACACUCCUAUGAAGAAGCGGGACACAUGGAUACUGAGUGGUUGCAGUAGACCUGUUUCUUGAUCUCAUCUGGCUAGUGACAGUUAUCUGAAGACACUUGGCCAUUGUGUGGACCUGGCAAUGCAUUUCUUCCAACCAGCCAAUAAAUAACAUACUGAGGCUUCCUGUGUGUUCUAUGGUCCCCCCCCCCCCGCCACCAUCUCACACUUACAGUCUCCUCCAUAAGAUCCUGCGGAGCUCAAUGCAUUGUUUGGUCAAGUUACAUUAGCACAUGCAGAAAAGUUUCCCUUUGCUCUGCGCCUGAGCCCAAGGAAGCUGAGCUUGUGAGGAUUUUCUCUGUUUCAAUGUCAGAAAAAAUGUCACCUGCCUAAUUUCUGUGCUGCUAUAAAAGGCAUAGGAACAAGGGCAGGAAAAAAGGUGCCAAGGUUUGUACAUCACAUUAAACCAGUUCAAAACUAACUAUUGUUUAAUGUGACUGCACAACAUAACACACCUCUCCUCUUGCUGCCGUGUUGCCUGGAAAGAAGCCAUAGCCUGGCUUGUUGAGAUGGCCAAACCCAGGCUCAUGGUUUCAUUCUCCCCAAACAUAACACAAGUGGUAACCAAAGGUUGUUCUGGGCUUACUGCUCAUGGA